AUGCCGGCAACUCUCCGCGAGCAGCGGCAGCGCUGCCGCUGCUCGCGGAGAGGUCCGCGAAGCCUGGGCGCGCUGAUCUCAGCGCGCCCAGGCCUCGGCAUGCCGGCAGCUCUCCGCGAGCAGCGGCAGCGCUGCCGCUGCUCGCGGAGAGGUCCGCGAAGCCUGGGCGCGCUGAUCUCAGCGCGCCCAGGCUCGGCAUGCCGGCAGCUCUCCGCGAGCAGCGGCAGCGCUGCCGCUGCUCGCGGAGAGGUCCGCGAAGCCUGGGCGCGCUGA